AUGCUGCCCUGCUGGUGGGACGAGGAAGGCUGCAAGUACCGUCAGCGCCUCCGUGAAACCCAAGAAUGGCACUGCGCCUACAGCUUGCCCAUGGGCCGGCGCCUACUUAUUGUAUGGCAUGCUCACUAUCCCUUCCGCCAUCGCCUCUCCUACUUCUUCUCUCGAACUUCCUCCAGUCGCUCGCCUCCUACGACAAUGCCGUCCUCCACGAAGCGAAGCAUUCGAAGAGAGCUAGCCACCUCUACUGCCGUCAAGAACGCCGCUCUGAUGCGAAAUCGCUACUCAUUGCGUCGAUCCAACCCAUCUCCAGCUGCCGUCUCGUGCUGGGAAGGGCAGUCGGACACCAACUCGUUCUCCGACACGUACUCGGACCCCGAUACUGAGGCGGAUACGGAUAUCGAGCCAAGUACGAGCGAAGAUGCUGGCCUGAUCUUGGAACAAGAGUCAGACGCGGAUCUGGACUCUGAAGCUGAAGAGAUACUGAAGGACAUUGCUCAAUUAAGGGCGGAGGGGCCUGCAAAGCCAAACCAUACCCCUCAUACGGUGAAACUAUGGAAGAGGGAAGGCGACUUCUGGGAGAGGUACUGUUUCAAGAUUAUGAAAAAGACCAAGAGGUCCCCAGAAGAACAACUACGCGCAUGCGACCCAGAGGCAUUUAAAGCGUACCUCCGCUGGCGGAAGAAGCAUUCCUGGGUCAAGAAGGAGAGCUCAAUGCGGAGCUAUUGGAAAAGAAUCAGCAUGUGCUAUAUGGAUCUCACACGCCACACGAUGGACGCUGAUGUCCUCACCGAUGUUUGUAAUAUUCUAACCCUAAUGCUUGACAAAUCCGAGAAGGAAAAGCAUGCCAUGUACGUCCAGGAUCUCUACGCUAUCCUCCACGCACUCUGGGUCGACGACACCAAACCCCUCCAUGGCUAUAUCCGAGUUCAAAUUUCGCUUCUUCUCCUCCUUAGCGCUGCUACAGCCACGAGACCAGGAGCCAUUGUCGAAAGCGCAAGCGCUAAGGGCAGCAACAAGUCACUCUCGUUCAGGAAUAUCGAACUUCUGAAGGUUCGCAGCACUGUAGAUCCUAGCCGGAGUAUUAUUGUGGCGAAUGUCAAUCUCGAGAACAUCAAGAAUAAGGAAAAGGAUAGGAAGCCGAAGAAGUUCACUUUCCGUCUAGAAGGGACCCUCGCCUUCUGCAUAGUUUCGUAUAUCCUGAGCAUUAGCGUCAGUCAAGGAGCAUUAAGGGACAACUUUACUAGUGUUCAGGAUAUAUUUGACCUCAAUAUACCUGCGGGCCGUGACGUACUCCGCGUCAAAUGGAAAAAGGAAUUGCUAAACCAACCCUUUCUAUGCGAUGUUAGGAACACUAGCGAAGGUGUUCGUAUACUACCAGAGCAAGCGUUUCCGUAUGCGAAAUACCGCGAUAUCUUUGUACGCUUAGGGCGUGUUGCGGGCUUUGAGAAAUCAUUAGAGCUGUACCAGCUCCGUUGGGCUUCUAGGAGGAAUAUCAACAGCGCGCUUGACCCAGUAGAACGGAACCAGACUAUGGGUCAUCUCGGGAGCACAUACGAAAAGUACUACACGCCAACGCAUAUUGCCCGCGACUUUCAGUCUAUCUACUUUGGAAGCCCUUCAGAAGACCUCCUCAUCCAAUCUGUUGCACGCAUAGGCUUAUCACGGGAUCGACGUGCACCCACGGAGCUGGAUGACGCGCAACAGGAGGCCUUACGGAACGAUCCUGCACUCGCGGUCCUUCGAGAGGAGCGAGAAACAUACAAAGAACAGCUCCAUGACCAAGGCUUCCAUCCACUCUCGAAGGGUCAAGGGACGGAUCUUUACAAGAAAUACGAGGACUCGAAGCGAAAGAUUAGCAGUACAUACCAGAGAUUGUACAGAGAACGGUUAGAUGCGGCCUACAACGAGUUCCAUGAAUCGAUCGAUACAAUCGAGAUAGCCAGGCAACUCAGUGGGAAGGCCGCAGCCGAAGUCCUAACGCUACCAGCCGUUGAGUUUGAACUUCGGGAGCGAGCCACCAUCGCCGGCAUGCUCUUCAAGCCAAUUCAGGACGACAAAACCCGGGCAUUCAAGCGAAAAAAUGUGGGUUUGGUAACCCGCGAAGCCAACGGCUCAUAUUUGUCAAACAAACGAAAGAAGGGCACCGAUAGUGUUGAGAACAGCCUGCUAAAUCAGGAUGGCGAAAUUGCGGAAGAAGAGCUUGACGUACCUCCGCGCGGAAACAUCUUGCAGGCUCAGUUUCGGCAGCUAUACCCAAGAGUGCUCCCUCAUCCGGUAUGCCUUAUCUGUAUAGGGAAUGAAGAGUUCUCGUAUGAACGGAGGAUGCGCCAUGUUCCACGAAAAGAUGUCCUGAAGAAGCACGUGGAGACCCAUUUCCGACUCCCUGAACUUCAGUCAGGGUUUCAAUGCCGCCACCCUAGUUGUUCCGUCAUGCUGGUUGACAUGAUGCAUUUCAAGAGGCAUGCGCUUGACGUUCACGGAGUGUCUCACUGA